AUGGCUUUCAAUCCAUUCUUAAGUAUGAACGAGCCGGCGGCUCCAGUGACCACCGAAGUAUUGAAUCCAUUUAUGAUGACUGAUUCUGAGACAUCAAGUUAUACACCAGGCGAUAACCCUUUCGCUACCAGUAAUCCUUUCUCAGACUUUGGCACAAGCUAUGAACCAGCUGUCGGUGAUACAGUGCCUGUAGACAUAUUCGGAGGCCCUGAAGAAGCUAGCAUUGGAGCUCAACAAUACGAUGAAAUGAGAUCUGUCGAUGUAUUUGGGAACCAACAAAUCGAUAGUGAACGUGUAGUUAAACCAACUGAGCUCGAACUUGUGACUACUAUGGUUGAUUGCGAUUAUCCCACUGAAACAAAAGCAGACGAAGAACAGUCUGCCAUGCAUCCACUACCACCUGAAACACAAAAUUUAAUUUUAACAGUUACAGGACAAAUGGAAUUCACAAGUUCUCAUUUACUGGAUCGUAUACCCCCCACAAGAACACCAAGUCCUGUAUCAGUCAGAGAUAUUCAUUCACCAAGUCCAACUCCCGAACCAUUUUUGUUUGAAGAAAAUACAAAUACAAGCACACCGCAAACGGUCAAUAAACCUACACGACCUCCACCUGUACGGCCUCCUCGACCUGCCCCGCCUCCCAGACCGCAACCACCUGCUCAAGCACCAGUUCAAACAGCACCAGAUGACAUUAACCUUUUUGAUGCCCCUGUUCCUACCACCGUAAAACCAACAAAAGAAGCUAUAUUAAGUUUAUAUUCAGCACCUAAAAAGGAAGAAAAGCAAAUUGAUUUUUUAAGUGAUGAUAUUCUCGAAUUAUCAAACGAGACAAACAUGCAACCUACGGAAGUUUUCGGACCACCCGCCACUAGUUCUCAGGCUUCAGAAAUGACUCACUUACUUUUCAACGACUCAGUUUCAUCAAUCUCAGAUAAUGUAAAUCAAUCGGAAGUUCAAAAAUCAUUAUUUGAAUCGGACACCAUAAAUGCUAAAGAAGACACUAAUGUCGCAAUGGAUUGUACAGACCCUUCGGAAAAGAAUGAACACCUCAGCGCUACAAAUACAUCCCCAUUUGCUGACAUAUCGGACACCAAUUUUCAAAUACAACAAAUUGAAAAUGAGAAGAAUCCUUUUGAGCUAUCUGGAACUAUUGACAGCAAUUCCCCAUUUGCUACCUCUAAUGUUAUGAAUUCUGAAAUACUGACUGAGCCUGUAGAUAUUGUUAUGACUUCUAGUCAUAAACAACUUAUAAAUGAGGAGCAAUGUGUAACUUCAACUGAGCCAAACCAGGUACCAGAACAACAGAUGAAUGAGGUAAAUGCUUUUGCCGCUAUGGCAACAGACGAUUUCGUUGAAAAAUCCAAUAUAUUUGCAUCAGUACCUCAAGAGACAAUAUCUCACAAUGAUGAAAAUAUCUCAUCCCACAACACAAACUGGGGCACGACUGAAAAGAUGGAAACCGCUUUUCCUGAAACCCAAGAUGAUUUUGACGCAUUUUCAGCUAAAUUUGAAUGCGCUGGAGGAAACCAAAUGAACACAGACGCUUGGGGCGAUGACAGUAGUGCUGACCUUGCACCAGGUGGUUUCGAAGCCGAAGCAUUUGAUUCAUUCUUGAGUAUGGACGCUCCACCGGCUCCCGCGGCUACCCCACGACUAGAUCACCAGGAAUCUAGAGAUUCUAUGGACGAUACGUUUUCUGUAUUCAUUAGACCUAAAGAAGGUGAAUACAGUGCCAACGAGGCUGCGGUGCCAGUUCUGGCUCCACCGCCAAGACCCCAGGUACUACCAGAAUCACCACGAGCCAAUCCUUUCGAUAAGACUGAAACUAUAGGAGUGCAACAAAGAAUCGAUUUUGAUGAAGCAGCACAGAAACCUGAUGGCAGCGGUGCAGAGACACCUCCGACACCGUUGUUUGACGAGGACGUGUCGGUUCCACUGGAGGACUUCCCUCGUACCAAGUAUGACGGACCGGGCUGGGAGAUGCAUCUACGACAACCGAACAAGAAGAAGAUCACAGGACAAAGAUUCUGGAAGAAAGUGUUCGUCCGCCUCGCUAACCAGGGCGACAGUCCCGUGGUGCAACUGUUGAACUCCGCCACAGACAAGCAGCCGCUGCAGGAACUGCCGCUGCAGGCGUGCUACUCGGUAUCAGAAGUUGGCGCACAGCAAUUUGAUCAGUUUGGAAAAAUAUUCACUGUCAAGCUACAGUAUGUGUUCUACAAGGAGCGUCCGGGAGUGCGACCGGGCCAGGUGACGAAGGCGGAGCGUAUCACGAACAAGCUGUCUCAGUUCGCCGCAUACGCUAUCCAGGGAGACUACCAGGGUGUCAAGGAGUUCGGCAGUGACCUGCGCAAACUGGGCCUGCCUGUAGAACAUGCGCCACAGGUGACACAACUGUUCAAGCUCGGAUCCCUGGACUACGAGGCCGUGAAGCAGUUCUCGUGCUGCGUGGAGGAGGCGUUGUUCCGCUUGUCCGCGCACAGAGACCGCGCCCUCACCUACAAGAUGGAGGAGGUACAGCUGACAGCGGUGGACGAGCUCUACGUUGAACAAGACGCGGAGGGCUCCGUACUCAAACAAAUAGCUCGAGUCCGACUCUUCUUCUUGGGUUUCCUGAGCGGUAUGCCUGACAUCGAGCUGGGGGUCAAUGACCUGAGACGCCAAGGUAAAGAGGUUGUGGGCCGACACGACAUCAUCCCCGUGGCGACCGAGGAGUGGAUCCGAGUCGAGGACGUGGAGUUCCACGCGUGCGUGCAGCCGCAGCAGUUCCAAGAUACACAGAUCAUCAAGUUCAAGCCGCCGGACGCGUGCUACAUCGAGCUGAUGAGGUUCCGCGUGCGACCUCCCAAGAACCGCGAGCUGCCGCUGCAGCUGAAGGCCGUGUGGUGCGUCACCGGGAACAAGGUGGAGCUCCGCGCGGACGUGCUGGUGCCAGGGUUCGCGUCGCGCGCCCUCGGCCAGGUCCCGUGCGAGGACGUCGCCGCGCGCUUCCCCAUCCCCGAGUGCUGGAUCUAUCUGUUCCGAGUUGAGAAACAUUUCCGAUACGGCUCUGUGAAGUCCGCACACAGACGGACCGGUAAGAUCAAAGGCAUCGAGCGUUUCCUCGGCGCCGUGGACACUCCUCAGGAGUCCCUGAUCGAGGUGACGUCGGGUCAGGCCAAGUACGAACACCAGCACCGCGCCAUCGUGUGGCGCAUGCCUCGCCUGCCCAAGGAAGGACAAGGUGCAUACACGACCCAUAAUCUCGUGUGUCGUAUGGCUUUAACAUCGUACGAUCAGAUUCCGUCGGAGCUGGCUCGUUGGGCGUUCGUUGAGUUCACGAUGCCCGCGACCCAGGUGAGCCACAUGGUGGUCCGCUCCGUGUCGCUCCAGGAACACGACGGGGACCCGCCCGAGAAGUACGUGCGGUACCUCGCGCGGCACGAGUACAAGGUGGCCAUCGAGCGUACCUCCGGCGCGCCGACGGCCGCGUACUCGCUGGCGGCCGCCAAGGAGCCCGCGCCCGCCUCCCCGGUCAACGACCCCGCGCCCCCCCAGGAGCCUUCCUCGGACUCCGACUCAGACUAG